GCAUGCAUAGACCUGCCAUUUGAGCUUGUUGUCAGCCGUGGACGCUUGCCCGAAACACCGUCGCAAAGGACUGACGUCCAGUCUGUCGGCGUUCAAUGACUGCUCAUCCAAUGGGCCCACUUGAGCAGCUGGAGCGCCGAGUAGCUAAGAGCUUGGAGAAAUUAGAUAGCUGUGUCUAAUGAAGCGCAAUGCCAGUAAAGAGAUAUAUCUAAUCAGUAAUGUGCUGGAUGAAGCCAUGUUCGAGUAAAUGAGAUGGCUAGUUUUUAUCUGAGACCAAUUGGCUGGAUGAUCGGUGGUGGAAGAGCUGAGCAACGAUUGAGAAGGGGGGGGGGGGCGGCGGGUGAGAUCACGGUGGUGUGCACAUGCAGCCAAACACACACCACACCAAGGCUACAGAAGACAGCUGGAAAAGCAUGGCGGGCAGCUGUCAGUCAAGCCUUAUUGGACAGAAAGCAGUCUUGGAACUACGGCCAUUUAUUGCCUCUUGGCGGUCGGCUGUCAGCCCGUGCACCUCCACACAACCCAGCCCAUUUUUUUCCCUUCCUCCCCGCGGUCCCCCGGCACAGCCUUUCCUCUCAACCGCUGGCAUGAGGCUCACCACUUUGGAAGCACCCCCAGCUCUGGAUUCCACCUCCACCUCUCCCUAAAUACAGCGUGCUCUUGCCAUCAAUACGUUCGAUCUUUGAGCUUCAGUCGAUUGCUAGCUGUAGCCAUUGCAUCCUCUGUCU